CAGCCAGUAAGUUUGUAACACCUAGAAAGCAACGUCGGAUACCCUAUAAAAUAUAUUUUUAAGAUGGCUGAGCCGAAACAUAAUACACAAAAACACCGCGCCGUUAGCUCUGCUUUCUUCAAAAUGGAUAAGGAAAUAUCUAAUGAGAUCAAACAAACAGUCGUCGCACUCGCGACUGGCCUCCCACGUAAUUUCGUCUAUGUUGGAACUAGCAACUAUCAACAACGUCAGCGUCGGAAUCUAACGCAGAAUAACUCUUGCCAACAUGUGCUAAUCGGACUGAGUAGGCAAUUGAGAGGUAAAGUCCUCUUUCGACGAACAAAGACAAAAUGCUACAGGUCCAUCAUCACCCCCGUCUUGCAAUAUGGUGCAGAGGUAUGGACGAUGACAACAUCUGAUGAGUCGACGUUACG